UCUAGAUUGAAUUGUCAUACUGGUGCUGCUCACCAAAGAAUUGUGAGAUGGAGGCGAGAGUUUCAAACGUUGAAGUCUGUAAUUUAGCUUACGGCGGAAAGUUUGAAGAAUUAAAGAAAUGCGUUUUGUCUGACAAUUCACUAGCGGCGAAAACAGACCAGGACAGCAGGACAGCUCUGCACUGGGCUUGUUCAGCUGGACACGUGAAUAUCGCGCAGUUUCUGUUGGACCUUGGAGUAGAAGUGGAUCUUAAAGAUGAUGCUUGUUGGACUCCUCUUCAUAUAGCAGCAUCUGCUGGGAGAGAAGAAAUCGUCAGAUCUCUAAUAUCCAAAGGAGCUCAGCUGAACUCUGUUAACCAGAAUGGUUGUACGCCGUUACACUAUGCAGCAUCUAAAAACCUAUACGAGAUAGCCCAGAUUUUGCUGGAAAAUGGCGCAGAUCCUAAUGCAACAGAUAAACUGCAGUCCACACCACUGCACAGAGCAUCUGCUAAGGGCAACUACCGCCUCAUUCAGCUUCUGUUGAAAGAGAGCGCUUCUACCAACAUUCAAGACUCCGAAGGAAACACACCACUUCAUCUUGCAUGUGACGAGGAGCGAGCAGAGGCUGCAAAACUCCUGGUGGAGCAUGGUGCCAGCAUCUACAUUGAAAACAAGGAAAAGAUGACUCCUCUGCAGGUGGCUAAAGGUGGGCUGGGCUCUGUGUUGAAACGCAUAGUGGAGGGUUGAUGAACCCUGACCAGAAAUUUAGGAAUGCACUUAAAGCUGUUUUUAUAAGCUGCUGGUCAAUAAUGAAUGCUUGUCGGAGUUUAAGGCUUAAAAAUAACAUUCUGAAUAUUAUGUGUUUUUUUCUACCAUAGAUGCUUUAUUUCUGUUAAAUCUACAGCUUGGUUUGUCUUUGUUAGUGUAAAUGUAAAAAGUUAUUUCUAAUUUUGUAUCACUCUGAAAAGAUCACAACAAAACUGUUUUCCAUCUUGAUGCUUGUUUUUUAAUAAUGAAAAUAAAUUGUAAUUAAAU